CACUGGAGUCGAGUGAGACCGCCCCUUUGCGCGUUAGCUUGAACUUACGACCAUGAGGUAUGCCUGUGGCCACUACAUAGUGACGAGCUUGGACUACGAACACGAUUGCAGAAGCCGGUACUGCACCAAGUCGUCAAGGCAUCCCGCCACAUGUAAAUCGCUGGAUUGCAUCCAGGUGCGCAUGUUUCCUGUACCACUAUUGUUCUUAUUCCGUUAUAGUAUCAUGGGCCGGACCGCACC